AUAGCUCGAUGUGAUAUGAUAAAAUUUAUUGUAUUGUAUUAAGUGCUUAACAAUUUUGAAGAGGCGUAUAACCUAAAACAUGUGAAACUGUCACUGAUAUUUAUAAAUUUGUUUAUGCUGAUAUAAUAAUAAAGCAGUGAUAUUGAAAGUUUAAAGUGAAUGAAUAAAAUUAGUUCUGUAACGGUUUGGGAUAUGAAAUCCAUAUGAAAAGUAUGAUAUUCAACCCAGUGUUGUUAAAUUUCAAAAAUAUGUUGAAGAGGGCCUUUUCAGUUUAUAGUUCUAACUACGUUAAACAUAGCUUAAAUAACAAAUUGAAAGUAAAAGCGUGGCAAACUCAUGAAUACGGAGACUUAAAAAAUGUUCAACUGGAUGAAGUUCGAAUACCAGUAAUUAGAAAACCUACAGAUGUUUUGGUACAGGUUAAUAGUGCUUCUGUCAAUCCAAUUGAUAUACUGAUGUUAGGAGGAUAUGGGAAAACUCUAAUGCAGGUUCCCAGGAACUGGGAAUUAGAAUUGCCUUUGAUUGUUGGAAGAGAUUUUUGUGGUACAAUUAUUGGAAAAGGACAAAGUGUAUGUAAUGAUUACAAGGUUGGUGAUGAAGUUUAUGGCUUUGUCCCGUUAUAUAAUUCAGGAACUUUUUCAGAAGCUAUUAUUACUGAUGUAUCAUAUUUAUUACCCAAACCAAAACAUUUGACUCACUUUGAAAGUGCUUCUAUGGUUUAUGCAACUAUGACUGCAUGGAGCGCUCUUUAUGUUUUCGGAAAUAUGUUGUCAAAACAAAAAAAAGGAUUGCGGGUUUUAAUAUUAGGAGCCUCAGGCGGUGUGGGAACAGCUGCUAUACAAAUUUUAAAGUCACAACAAUGUCAUGUAUUUGCUACUUGUUCAGAAGAUGCAAUACCUUUGGUUACCGACUUAGGAGCAGAUAAUGUUUUCAAUUAUAAAGAUCAAGAUUUUGAACAAAAAAUUGAACAAGAGGGCAGAUAUCAUAUAAUAUUGGACGGUGCAAGAAUGGGUCAUCAAAAUAUACCAAAAGGCUGGAAAUUCGAUACUUAUAUUUCACUUAAUUCGCCAUUACUUAAAAAUACCGAUCAAUAUGGUUUAUUGCCAGGUUUAGCAUACAGUUUGAGUGAUCUAUUGGAGUCGAAUUUGAAACGAUUUAAAGAUGGAAGCAGUAUAGUAUGGGGAUUUUUCGUACCAUCUCGGAACGGCUUUGAGUUUAUAAAUGAGUUGAUAACGGACAAGAAGAUAAAACCGAUUAUCCAUAAAAAGUUCAGUUUUGAUCAAUUACCGGAGGCGCUCCAAACUGUUGCCGAUGGGCAUUUGAGAGGAAAAGUUGUGAUCGAUUACCAGUGAUAUUAGAUUUUAUUUAUAGACAAAUUCAAAGAUUAAUUGUUGAUAAUAUUAUUUUUGCAAGUAAUAAAUGAUUAAAUAAUUA